AUGAGCUUCGGCUGGAGUGUCGGAGAUGUGUUACAAGCCGCCAAGAUCGCCUGGGAUGUCUACAAGUGUAUUGCUGACGGAACUCAAAAUGCGAAAGUUGACUUCAUACAGUUCAAAGCAGAGUUUGAGUUGAUGAGAGCGACCAUCGAGGAGUUACAAGAGGCAGAGAAAGAUGUCCCAGUCUCCAAGAGGGUCGCUCUCGGUCAGUCCUAUCAGCAGACGAUCAUCGAAUGCGCCGAAUUCGUCAAGAAGCACCAAUGGCUAGCGAGCAAUAUACAUUCAGGCGGAUCGAAAGAACCGUUAAAAUGGCAGAAAGUCUCGGACAGAGUCAAGACGCUUUUCCACCAAAUUUCGUGGCCGAUAGAACGCAAAGAAGCCGAACGACUGCGCCGUGCGCUUGAGCGAAAUGUCCAGCUAGCGAACUUGAUGGCAACCAAUACCGUGAUUGAUAUACAGAAACAGAAUAGACACGAAAAUAGGCAGGAGAAUUUAGAAAUCCUGCGUGCAAUUAAAAUCAUGAGCCUACAGAUAUCGUUCAUCCUCCGCCAAUGCAUGCCAGGGCAUAGUUCUAACAACGGCGAGAAUACAUUGGAAAGCCGGCUCUUGUCCGAACUUGGCCGGCGAGCUUUACCACGGUUACGAGACACUGAACAGCAGCAACCCUUGCUCGAAUUUCCAGGCUCAAGGUCCGACGAGCGGGAAUCGAAGCCCCUUCUUCGUAUCCAAGAUGUCUCCCAAAAGCUAGAGCAUCUUAUAAUGCGCCGUGACAUGCCCGUCGUCGGCUUCCUAGACCAGAUUCGAGAGGAUAUUCGUGGCGCCUUGAAUCAGGCUGGGUUCAGACAUGUCACCGUCCCCGGCCAACUGGCGCUGAACGCACCAACCAAACCCAAGGAGCCCACUCGGAUUUUGAACAAGGAGAUUGAUGAGUGGGAAAAAUUCAGUGACUGGGUCAAAUUCCAGCUCCUACAUCAAGAACGGGCCAUCACCCCUGCACUAAGGGAGCACUCGCCGCAUGAUAAUGACCCUCCCGGGGAACCGCCGCCCACGCCUCCACUAAAUGAGCCGAUCAGUACACGCUACAGGUAUACUAGAGUAGAGACGCAAUGUCCUGUAACGAUACAUUUUCCGGAUCCGAAUCUCAAAAAUCAUGAAUUGCACAAACCGGUUAAAUGCACAAUAAGCGUCUACCUGCAUCACCGCACCCGCGAUGUUGGCUUGAUCGAGGCGACAGAUGUGACUGGCGGCGUGAAAAUAACUCAUCGGAUUCACGAGGCAACGUUCAGAGGAGCCCAGAGCUCCAUGAUCCCAUAUAUCGAGAGUGCGCAUGUUGUCAACGAUCCGAUCACUCCGUUCAGAAUAUGCUUCCAGGGGUCUCAUCGUGUUAAGAUAGAGACGAACGGCGCUAUCGAAAGAUAUGCCAUCUCGCCGGUAUAUACCUGCCGGAAGCAUGCUGACUUUGUCGCUUUUCAGAGCAUACUUCUAGGACGAAGCAUUCUCUACUGCGGAGAUGUUAAGUAUAUAAACGCCGACGGCGUAGAGGAACGUUGUUCGCUGGAGACCAUUCGUGUCCUCCAGGACCCGCUCACAUCAGCCCGGAGUUUACUCUACUUUGGCAAACUCAAACACGGCUCCAACGCAAAGAUGGGCUUUUUGGAAUGGCCUCGUAUGUAA